AUCAGGAAGUAGCGAAAGUUGGUUUGUGCCAAUUUAGAGCUUGGACGAGCAGAAUGUUUGCUCCUUUAUUGAUAUUUUUAAGUUUCUCACUAGAUUCCUGUUUUUCACAGACUUAUGUAUUGAAUGACACAGAAGGAGUCGGACUAGUAUUUGAUGGGAUUGGAGGAUUAAGUGGUGGAGGGGCGACAACACGUUUGCUCGUCAAUUACGCUGAGCCAUACCGCAGCCAGAUACUUGACUAUCUCUUCAAGCCAAGCUUUGGGGCCUCUUUGCACAUACUGAAGGUUGAAAUAGGAGGAGAUGCUCAAACUACCGACGGGACAGAACCAUCGCACAUGCACUCUGAGGAUGAUGAGAACUACUUCCGGGGGUACGAGUGGUGGCUCAUGAAAGAGGCAAAGAAGAGGAACCCAAACAUCACACUUAUAGGUUUGCCCUGGGCAUUUCCUGGUUGGGUGGGACGUGGUAAAAACUGGCCCUACGACUUCCCAGACGUCACUGCAGCUUAUGUCGUGAACUGGAUCCUUGGAGCAAAGCACUUCCAUGACCUCAGCAUCGACUAUGUUGGGAUUUGGAACGAGCGCAACUUUGACAGCAAGUAUAUCAAGCUGCUGCGAUACACUCUGGAUAAAAGCGGCCUGGAGAAUGUCAGGAUCAUAGCCAGUGACAACCUGUGGGAGCCCAUUGCCUCGGCCCUCCAGCUCGACCCUGAGCUCAGCAGGGUUGUAGAUGUGAUUGGGGCCCACUACCCGGGCACGACUACUGUGAUGGAGGCCCUGAAGACCGGGAAGAAGCUGUGGUCCUCGGAGGACUACAGCACGUUCAACGAUGAUGUGGGAGGAGGUUGCUGGGCUCGCAUUCUAAACCAGAACUACGUCAAUGGAUUCAUGACUGCUACCAUUUCCUGGAAUCUGAUUGCCAGUUACUACGAGGAACUGCCGUUUGGCAGGGAUGGACUUAUGACCGCUGAGGAACCCUGGAGUGGCAACUACGUUGUGGAGUCUCCUAUCUGGAUUACAGCCCACACCGCACAAUUCACCCAGCCAGGAUGGACCUACCUGAAGACUGUUGGACAUUUGGCCAAAGGUGGAAGUUAUGUAGCGUUGACGGACGGGAAAGGAAAUCUCACAAUUGUCAUUGAAACCAUGAAGCAUGAUCAUUCCUUAUGCAUACGACCUCCACUUGCUCCAUACAACGUGACCUCUCAAACUGCAACCUUCCGUCUGAAAGGAUCUUUCUCAGUCAUCAAGGAGUUGCAAGUAUGGCAGUCUCAGUUUAACUUCAUGACGAAAAAGCCAUCAUUUUUUAAGCAUCUCAGUCCACUGCAGAUUUCAGAUGGAGAAUUCACCCUAAAUCUGGCUGAAGAUGAGGUUUACACCCUCACCACAGUUCCUACAGGACGGAAAGGGAGCCACCCAGAUCCGCCUGCCUCCUCCCCGUUCCCACGACGCUAUGAGGAUGACUUUAAUGUCCGAGAGGCUCCCUUCUCAGAAGCUCCAAACUUUGCUGACCAGACCGGGGUGUUUGAAUACUACAUCAACCUGACUGAUCCUGGACCUCACGUUUUCACUCUACGCCAGGUUCUGACCCAGCGUCCCAUCACUUGGGCAGCAGAUGCAGACCAGACUAUAAGCGUUAUAGGAGACUAUGAGUGGCAGGAUGUGACUGUGACAUGUGAUGUCUUCAUGGAGACUGUCAAGACCGGAGGUGUUUUCAUUGCAGCCAGAGUGGAUAAAGGAGGGCAGUCCAUCCGUAGCACCAAGGGAAUAUUUUUCUGGGUCUUCGCAGACGGCACAUACAAAGUCACCAAUGAUCUCGCUGGGCUAAUCAUACUGGCCGAAGGACAGUCUGGCACACAAGCAGGGGAUUGGCACACACUAUCGCUCAAUGUGCAGGGCCAGUUUGCAUCCGGUAAGCUGAAUGGUAAUCCAGUAUGGAGGACGGCUUUGGCACCGACACCCAAGAAUGGCUGGGCUGCCGUAGGAACACGCUCGUUUGAGCCGGCUCAGUUUGAUAACUUUGCUGUAGAGGCAGUGACGCAAGAUUCCCUUCAAUCUAGCAGCCCUCAAAUUAUAGCGGUGCUUCCCAAAUAGGGGGGGGGGGGGGCGGCGUGAGUUGCACUGAGUACUUUCAACGUUCCUGCAGACCUGCCAACAUGUACAAGUUGUUAGUACUCAACAUGCUUCGUAUGCUUCACAGUUUUGGCUUCAGUGUGUACGGUACAGAUACGUAAAUAUAGAUGUCACAUUCCCAAUAUUUCUCAUCUUGAAAACAUUUGUAUCUGAAAAUAAUUCACAAGCACUGCAUUCAUUUGUGACUAAAUAAAUCUACAAUUGUGAUCGGAAAUCCACUCGCGUUUGGCAGUCGAGUGGUUAGCGCGCAGACCUCACAGCUCGGAGACCAGGGUUCAAUUCCACCCUCGGCCAUCUCUGUGUGGAGUUAGCAUGUUCUCCCCGUGCAUGCGUGGGUUUUCUCCGGGUACUCCGGUUUCCUCCCACAUUCCAAAAACAUGCUAGGUUAAUUAGCCACUCCAAAUUGUCCAUAGGUAUGAAUGUGAGUGUGAAUGGUUGUUUGUCUAUAUGUGCCCUGUGAUUGGCUGGCCACCAGUCCAUGGUGUACCCCGCCUCGCCCGUCUUGCCCGAAGACAGCUGGGAUAGGCUCCAGCACCCCCGUGACCCUCGUGAGGAAAAAGCGGUAGAAAAUGAAUGAACACCAGGAACCUCCAAAGUAGAACAAAGUCCAAGCCGUCCAAUAGGAGUUUGGCUGCCAAGCACCAAUCAUAGGUUGAGGUGAGUCCAACUACAUGAAGCGCUACUCUUGGGGGGGGGAUAAUACCAACUUCCAAUUUAUUGGUGGGUCUAUGUGCCCACCUUCCGUGACCGGAUGAAGAAGUGGCUACAGCGAGCUAAAAGCCAAGUUUGUCAAGUCAAUGUCCGACACAGUCAGGGAGUGACUUAUUCCACUGUAGCAUCCAGCAUCCUUUCCAAUCGUGUGAUAUAAUCAACCAAGCGUCCAUAUUCUUCCUCCCUCCUUUAUUAGACCCACCGUGGUAAGGCAAUUUCCAUCAAGUACAAUUCCUUAUUUACAUUUUCGUAGUUUGAACAUAGAAAACUUGUUUACAACAUGGAUAAGAAACUAAAAAAAAUGGCGAUGAACUGAAAAAGAUGACUCUGAGGUUGGAAAAAUCGGAACAGAAGAUGGAUGAGCACGUUCGAACCCUAAUGAAGGAGAUGACAGAUUUGAAAGACGCAUAUAAAAAAUUAGAAGGGAGUCAGACAAACAUAAAAAAAGAAAAUGAGAAGGACAAAAUAAUUCAGGAGCUGAAAAAUACAAUCGACGACAUGGAUCAGAAUACAAGGAUGAACAAACAUAAUAGUGACGGGGCUGAAGAUCAGACCCAGGUCUUAUGCCAGGGCAGCCAGGAACAGCGAGGAAGCAGACGAAAUGAAAGGUGAGAGAAGAAAUGGUCACACUAAAAAGAUGCUUUGAUGAUAAUAGAUUGUCCUUGAACCUAAAUAAAACUAAAAUCAUGCUGUUCGCUAACAGCAGAAAGGACACGCACCAGCAAAUACAAAUAGACGACGGUGUGGACAUUGAAAGGGUGAAGGAAAAUACAUUUCUGGGCAUCACAAUAGAUGAAAAUAUGAGCUGGAAACCUCAUAUUACAAAUAUACAACAUAAGGUGGCCAGAAAUAUUUCAGUAUUGAACAAAGCAAAAUUUGUUCUCAAUCAGAAAUCACUCCACACUUUAUUGUUCUCUGGUUCUACCAUAUCUUACUUAUUGUGUGGAAAUAUGGGCUAAUAACUAUAAAAGCAAUCUUCGCUGGCUAAAUGUACUGCAAAAAAGGUCAGUAAGGAUAAUUCAUAAUGCCGCCUACAGAGAACAUACUAACUCCUUAUUUCUAAAAUCACAAAUACUUCAACUUGCUGAUAUAGGUCAUGGUUCGUGAUAAAAUAAAUUAAAUUAAAUUAAUACUUAAAUCAUAUUAGGAAAGCAGGAAGUGAACAAAUGUAACAGUUAGUGAUUGUAAAAGUACCAGAUGGAGGGGUAGGAUUUAAUAAGCUUGGCUUCUUCCUACUCCUUUUGGACAUGUGGAACUGGGAACUGAUUAUGGGAUGCACUCAACUGGAAUCUGAUGCAUGUUCAAACGAAAUAAAACCAUUACCA